UUCCGCUGCACUAAGUAGCGCUGCCAUAUUUUCCCCCCAGUUCCAGAGGAGGAGGGCGCAGUAGAGUGUGUGUAUGAGCGUGUGGCGAUACGGGGAGAGCCAGUCAUAGGACAUCGGGAUCUAGAUCUGAUAAAGGUUUUUACUGCUUCGAAAAGACACACUCUCCUAACCAUUAUUUACUAGCAUGCGAACUCACUACUGCGGCAACUAUAAGUAAAAAAGUAGCUACCUGCAUAAUAGCCGAUAUUUACUCACGCGCCAACCCGAACCGGAGCAGCCACUGCUAUAGUAGCUAGCCAGGGGAGUAGUAGCUUCCCAGCUACCGAGCCACCUUUUCCUUCCCGAAGUGGCUCCGAUGGCGAAGAACACUCUGUCUUCACGGUUCAGGAAGGUGGACAUUGAUGAAUACGACGAGAAUAAAUUUGUGGACGAUCAAGAAGACACGUCUGAGCAACAAGGACCGGACGCCACGGAGAUUGACAGCCUCAUCAGGCAAGGAGACAUGAUGUCGGCGUUCCACAUGGCACUGAGGAACCCGCCGAUCCACACAAAGAACCCUGCAGUGAAGGAGAGGGCGCAGGCCAUAGUGCUGAGGGUUCUGACGUCGUUCAGGGGCGGGGAGAUCGAGCCGGCCGUCAAGUCCCUGGACCGGAACGGCGUGGACCUGCUGAUGAAGUACAUCUACAGGGGGUUUGAGAAGCCCACGGAGAACAGCAGUGCCAUCCUGCUGCAGUGGCACGAAAAGGCUUUCGCUGUGGGGGGACUAGGGUCUAUUGUUCGUGUUCUCACGGCCAGGAAGACCGUCUGACGGAGCUCCCGCGCCCUGGGGAGGAGGAGGAAGAGGAAGAGGAAGAGGAUACGGCAGAAUGAAGAUACAUCGGAGAGGAAGAGGAGUCGGAAUGGGACGAGGGACCGUUUCUGCGAAAGGGACAGUUUCAGGGUACAGCCUCAUUCCCUUCCGGCAGAAGGCUACGUCUACAAUUAAACGACAAGACGGGAAAGGAAUAGUAUAAAUAUAUGUACACAUACAACAAAAAAAUCUAAGGAAAUAAUAUUUUGAGUGAAGAGAUACUGUAUAUGUGUGAAUGCUUUUUACUGCUUCUGUUGCUGAGGACGGCAGAGGCUCUGGUAUUUAACAGACGUGAGGAGCACUUUGUUUAUCGUACAGGUACAAGGCCCUUCACAUCCUCGGCCCCGCCAAGAUUUUUUUUUUUUUUUUUUUUUUUAAAAGGAUGGUUU